AUGUCAGAAACACAUAUUGUAGAUGGAGAAGCCUUGCAAUUUCGCAACUUGAAAUACUCAGAUCUUGGGCCGAUUGCGGCACUGAACCUUCGUGCUUUUCAGGAUAGUGAAACAUAUCAAUGGAGAUUUCGCGGCGUCUCCUCGGCGGCUUUGGUAGCAAUUGUAAAGCACUUUGGUAGGAAAGCUUAUUUGGAUCCCCAUGUAAACUGCAAAGUAGCCUAUACUUCGUCUCAUCCAUAUCUUGGUUUUUUGGCCUACGAACAGCUUCCUCCUGCUAAACUCUCUUAUUACGAAAAAUUCAUCAAAUGGGUUAAUUCUCUUUAUGAACGUUUUCUUUAUUGGUGGUAUGAUGCUAGUGCUGUCAAACGCCGUAUGCAGUACAAUGAAGUCCAAUACGGAACGAUGCUUUACAAAACGGGUUUACUGGCUCAACCAAAUGGUUUCUUGCAUGUUCAUUUGAUUUCCGUUAAUCCAGAUAUCCAAAAGAAGGGAGUUGGCAAGGCUAUCUUGAACAUUGUCCAUCGUGAUGCCGAUAAGUAUCGCCUUCCCUGCUUCCUUGUUGCUAGUACAGCCGGUUUUGGUAUGUACGAACAUUUGGGCUACCGUACAAUUGCCACUACAGAGCUCCGUGAUGAUGAAACCGGUGAACUAGUCAAACUUAGUUCAGGCAUGAUCAGAGAUGCUAAAAAAGACUAG